AUGGCUUUUCGUCACUUUUGGUUCAGCCUCCAUGUGCUCCACGACGAGGCGAAGGACAAACCGUUCGAGCUGGAGAUGUCGUGGGUGUGCGAAGAGAGCGGGUGGAAGUACCAGGCCGUGCCACAAGCGCAAGUCAAGGAGGCGGAGGAGUGGGCAAAGGAGUCCAUCGAGUCGGACGAGAUGGACGAUGGCGAGGACUAAGUUUAGAUUUUUGAUGAAGG